UGUUGUAUCCUCCUCUAGAUGCAAUCAGUAUUGCUGCUUGGUCACCGGCACACAACGCUCGCACUAUCCGUUCUAAUACCGCAGUUUUCUUCACCUGAAGUAAGACAGCAACGUGAAUAUAAGAACACUGUGGAUAAUUAUUUACGCUUUUUGUUUGUUACGGAAAAAACAAACAAACCAAAAAAAGAACAAGAAACGGUAUUUAUUUAAAAAAGAGUUUUAUAGCGUUUUGAGGUUGUCAAGAGAAUGCACGCAUGUUAUUGUGCACCCGUUGUUUUUUUUUAAACACUUUGCAUGAUUUAAUCGUUUCCUGCUCCGACAUACCUCAGAAAACCAUUUGAGGAACAUCCAGGAGUCACCUGAUAUACUUUAAACGAAAACACCCUAAUAUUGCAAUUAAUUUAUAGAAGCGGUUGCAUUAAAAACGACAAGCUCCUGGCUGAUAUAUAGGUGCUAUAAAUUCUACCGGAGCACCGCUGCUUUUUGACUAAGAUUUGCUGCUGUUCGAAUGUCAGAUUUUUCUUGUUUUAGCAUUUAAUCUGCCAACUUUCUCAUGCACUAGUUUAACUGCAAAGCAAGCCACGGAAAGAAAGAAGGCAUCAGGCUCUAUUUGAGAUUUUUUUUUAUUUUUUUAUAAUAAUAUAUUUUAAAACAAGUUCACGGCUACGGUAAUAAUAAUCGCAUUUCCAUGGCCGAAGCAGCGAGCUGCCUUGGAGACAACGCUGCCAGCGGUGCCCCGAGCUCGCAGGACAGCAUGACAAUGAUUAUUGUGGAGCCGCCGAAUUUAGAAGACCUAGCGGAGGAAGAGGAUGUGUUUCUGUCAGAAGCGGAUCAAGUUGGGCUCACACUGGGGACCGAGAAGAGUUCAGGGACGAUGGAAGUUGACCAGAGGACGGAGGAAGACCGAGAGAAGCAGAUGGAGAACCAGUUUCUUCAUUUAGCUAUCAGGAAGCAGGUGUCGUACAGACUCCACCUCCCUCCUAAAGGCGCCAUUCCGUGUUUCACCAGCAUUCCCUGCAGCCACCAUGGAUCCCGGAAGAUUAAACAUAGGCCGGCAGUCUAUAAGAAAGCGAUUGCUAAAUCGGGACUUCAGCAUUUGGUUGCGCAGCCCUGCGCUUCUGCUACAGUGAAGAGUGAUCCAGAGAGAGAGAUCCGAAGUACUGUGGACUGGAGUGAGAAUGCGCUGUAUGGAGAGCACAUCUGGUUCGAGACCAACGUUUCUGGGGAUUUCUGUUAUGUUGGAGAACAGAACUGCAUUGCAAAGGCACUGCAAAAAUCAGUACCUCGGAAGAAGUGUGCAGCGUGCAAGAUAGUGGUCCACACCCCAUGUAUCGAGCAGCUAGAAAAAUUCUCCUUUGCAGAUUCUCUGCCAGAGCUUGACAGUCUUCCUGACACGAUGGCUAUGAAAGACACUGGGUUUAGAAUAAACUUUAGGUGUAAACCUUCAUUCAGGGAGUCUGGGUCAAGGAAUGUCAGAGAGCCCACGUUCGUCCGACACCACUGGGUUCACAGAAGGAGGCAGGAGGGGAAGUGCCGGCAGUGUGGAAAGGGUUUUCAACAGAAGUUUGCAUUUCAUAGUAAAGAAAUCGUGGCUAUCAGCUGUUCCUGGUGUAAGCAAGCAUAUCACAACAAGGUGACGUGUUUUAUGCUGCAGCAGAUUGAGGAGCCGUGCUCCCUUGGGGCCCACGCUGCUGUCAUAGUCCCUCCCACCUGGAUCAUUCGGGUCAGACGGGCCCAGACCUCACUAAAAGCCAGCAAGAAGAAGAAGCGCACGUCCUUCAAACGCAAAUCCAGUAAGAAGGGAGCGGAGGAGGGGCGAUGGAAGCCGUUCAUGGUGAAACCAGUCCCGUCUCCGCUGAUGAAACCGCUGCUGGUGUUUGUGAACCCAAAAAGUGGGGGCAAUCAGGGAGCAAAGAUAAUCCAGUCCUUUAUGUGGUACCUCAAUCCCCGACAAGUGUUUGACCUCAGUCAAGGGGGACCCAAAGAAGGGUUAGAGAUGUACCGUAAAGUUCACAACCUGCGUAUACUGGCCUGUGGAGGUGACGGCACUGUGGGGUGGAUCCUCUCUAUUCUGGAUCAGCUGCAGUUAAAUCCUCAGCCUGCUGUAGCUGUUCUUCCUCUGGGCACUGGAAAUGACCUGGCCAGGACUUUGAACUGGGGUGGGGGGUAUACAGACGAGCCCGUUUCCAAGAUCCUUUCCCAUGUGGAGGACGGAAAUGUCGUUCAGCUUGAUCGCUGGAACCUGAUCGUGGAGCCAAACUUGGAGACAAAUCCAGACGACAAGGACGACGCUAGCAUUGACAAGCUUCCCCUGGAUGUCUUCAAUAACUACUUCAGCCUUGGCUUUGACGCUCAUGUCACCUUGGAGUUUCACGAAUCCAGGGAAGCCAAUCCUGAGAAAUUUAACAGCCGGUUUAGAAAUAAAAUGUUUUACGCUGGGACUGCGCUUUCAGAUUUCCUGAUGGGUAGCUCCAAAGAUUUAGCGAAGCACAUCAAAGUGGUGUGUGAUGGCACAGAUCUCACAUCAAAGAUCCAGGAUCUGAAACUGCAGUGUUUAGUGUUUCUUAACAUUCCAAGGUAUUGUGCUGGUACAAUGCCCUGGGGUAACCCCAGUGAACACCAUGACUUUGAACCUCAGCGACUCGAUGACGGGUGCAUUGAAGUUAUUGGCUUCACCAUGACAUCUCUGGCUGCUUUGCAGGUGGGAGGUCAUGGGGAGAGACUGAAUCAGUGCCAAGAGGUUACCCUGACCACAUACAAGUCCAUACCCAUGCAGGUGGAUGGGGAGCCCUGCAAACUGUCCCCAUCGAUCAUUCGCAUCUCCCUAAGAAACCAGGCCAACAUGGUACAGAAGACCAAGAGACGAACCUCCAUCCCCUUACUCAACGACCAGCAGCCAGUCCCAGAGAGGUUACGGAUCCGAGUGAAUCGGAUCAGCAUGCAUGACUACGAAGCCUUGCAUUACGACAAAGAGAAACUCAAAGAGGCCUCAAUCCCAGUGGGUAUUAUCGUCAUCCCGGGAGACAGUGAUUUGGAGAUGUGCCGAUCCCACAUCGAGAGGUUACAGGAGGAGGGCGACGGUUCAAAAUCAAAGACUCUGUCCUCUCAGAAACUGUCUCCAAAAUGGUGUUUCCUGGACUCCACCACAGCGGAUCGGUUUUAUCGAAUAGACCGUGCACAGGAACAUUUAAACUACGUUACAGAGAUCUCUCAGGAUGAGCUGUUUAUCCUGGACCCGGAGCUGGUCAUCACAGAGACCGUUGGCACGUCUCCGGGAAUGCCAGACCUGGUUGAUUCUUCAGGGCAGUUCUCUGGCCCUGGGGCACAGCAGUUCGCCUUCCCAUCAUCCUCUUCAUCUCCGCCCUCCUCCCCCGUCCCAAGCCCGACCAGCCCGCACUCGGACAGCGAGGCCUUGGCUCGGCGCCAGAAGAAGUCUCUCUUCUCCUCUCACUCUGGCUUCCCCUUUCCUGUCAAAAAGAGGAUCCUGGAGUUACAAAAGGCCUCCCAGCGGAAGCGUAUUUCUAGCGACAGUUCGGUUGCCGAGGCGCUGGCCCACAGCGAGUCUCUGAGGUCCACAAAGCCGCCCCUCAGCAGGACGGGUCCAAUAAAUGUGAGUGUUCAUCGUUCCAAGACGACUGCAGCCGAUUUCAAACCAUCAAUCAGGCCUGAGAAGACUGCAGUGUGUAACACAGACAAAGUGUCAGCCGAGGCACUAAUAGAAGCUGUGAAGAGCACCGACCUUCAGAAGUUUCGAGAGCUGCACAAGUUGGGAGGUGACCUAAUGGUGCAAGAUUCCACGGGCUGGACGCUCCUCCACCAUGCUGUUAGUGUUGGCAGUAAGGAGAUUGUCAGAUACAUCAUUGACAAUGCUCCUCCAGAGAUUUUGGAUCUCACAGAGAAAGUGAGUGGUGAGACAGCAUUACAUAAAGCAGCCUCCCUGCACCAGAGAUCGAUCUGCCACUACCUCGUGGAAGCCGGGGCAUCGCUAAUGAAAACAGAUCUGCAGGGUGACACUCCGAAACACCGGGCAGAGAAAUCCAAUGACCUGGAGCUGGCAGCGUACCUGGAAAAUCGGCAACAUUACCAGAUGAUCCAGCGGGAGGACCAGGAAACGGCUGUGUGAUUUGUUGAAGUGCCAAGCAAUCCGGAACCAAACAAAUAGAAUCUGGGACAAAGAAGGGAGAAGAAACACGUGGCCUCUCUCACCCGUUCAUACAUUGCAUUCCUACAGCAAGAGUUUAGCUCCAACGAUUCAGAUACAGGGUGGUUUUCAAUUGAUUUUUAUCAGGUUUAAACUGCACAGCCACAUUCAUUUGGAAAAUCAGAAGAUGAAUUACAAACAAUGAACUUAUUGGUCACUAUUUUUGAGCUAAUUUUAUUUAAUUUUGUGAGGUAGGAUUUUCACAAAGCUGGAAUGAUGUUUACAAUAGGCCUGUGUUUCUGUAGUAAGCAUCAACUGGAGGGGGAGGGGCUGUCUAGUCCUCUUUAUAUUGACUGCUUCAAGACAGUUUAAAAGUGACGUUUUACUGAUUUCCUGGAUGUCUUGUUUACUCAAAAUAUGUUGGUUAGAGCCGGUUCCACACUAGGAGGGACGGUUUACACUGAAAGAUUCUUUUUGUUUUUUUCUAUUAUCACUGUACAAUUUACAUUUUUAAGAAAGUGAAGCUGUUAUAUUGAGCUGCAUUCUUUCAUACUGUACUAUCCAGCAAAAACUCAUUUUCCUUUUGGCUUCCGAUAUAAAAUAUCUGGGACUGUAUACUUGUUAUUUCAGUAGCUUUACAUCCAUAUGAAGCCAGUUCUUUUACCUUUGCUGCUCUGAAUGCCUUGAAGUGUGUGUGUUUUUGCUAAAUGUUUGUAUUUUUACAUGGUGAAUUUUAGUCAAAGCAUAUUUCUUAUAACAGUGUGGAGUUAAUAGGUAUUUAUAUAAUGCAUAGCUGUAUAAAAACUAUUUGACUUUUUGUGAAUUUAUGUUUUGUGAUGUUGAGCAGAAUUUGUAUCAUAAAAAAAUGUACAUUUUA